CAGCGGCAGCACCGACUGGAGGAAGUGCGCUGGGGGGAGAGAGCGAGAGAGAGAGAGAGAGCGAGCGAGAAAAAAAAAAGAGAGAGAGAGAGAGAGAGAGGGAGAGGGAGGGGGGCCGAGCAACAGAAGCAGCAGUUCAGAAACCCAUCGAGGGCUUCAAACUUCAACACCGGCAGCCGCAGCGGAAGGCCGAGGGGAGCGAAUUGCAGCAGCGGGAAAUGCGCCUCCCAGCCUGCACUAAGCCUGCGUGACGGGCCGUGGACUUUAGCCGACUCUGUUCUCUGACUGACUGAAGGGGACACACAGCGGACCCCUGUGCCCCAAAAAACGAGAAGAGUAAUCGGAGUACUCGGCUUCCAAGGAAGUCCCAACAUUCAGCAUGGAGGAGGGAUACGAACUCGACCUGACGUACAUCACGGAGCGCAUCAUCGCCGUGUCCUUCCCCCGGGGGUGCACGGAGGAGAUCUACUCCCACAACCUAAAGGAUGUCACGCGAAUGCUCAAGUCCAAGCAUGCAGACAAUUACCUGAUUAUCAACCUGUCGGAGAAAAGACACGAUCUCACCAGAAUGAACCCCAAGACUCUAGAUACAGGCUGGCCAGACAUGCACGCUCCACCUCUGGAUAAGAUAUGCACCAUCUGUAAGGCCAUGGAGAGCUGGCUCAAUGCCGACCCCCUACAUGUGGCCGUUAUACACUGCAGGGGAGGCAAGGGGCGAAUCGGCGUCGUGAUUUCCUCCUUUGUUCAUUUCACCGACGUGUCAGCCAGUGCUGAUCAGGCGUUGGACCGCUUUGCCAUGAGGAAAUACUACGAUGACAAGGUCUCUGCUCUGAUGACGCCGUCACAGAAGCGGUACGUUUGGAUCCUCAACAGCCUUCUGAGUGGAUCCAUGAAGAUCAACGCCUCGCCCUUGUUCCUGCACUGCGUCAUCCUUCAUGGGAUCCCAAACUUUGACGCCAGUGGAGUAUGUCGUCCGUACAUCAAGGUCUACCAGGGAAUGCAAACCGUGUAUUCAUCUGGGAUCUACCACAUUGGUCCGGGCCACAGAGGCCGCGUGUGCAUCACCCUGGAGCCUGCACAGCUUCUAAAAGGAGACAUCAUGGUUAAGUGCUAUCACAAGAGUGACGUAACCUCUGAGCGGGAAGUGGUUUUCCGGCUGCAGUUCCACACGGGAGCAGUGCAGGGCUACAACCUGAUGUUUGACAAAGAGGACAUGGAGAUUGCCAACAAAGAUCCCAGAUUUGCGGAUUAUGGCAAAGUGGAGCUGGUGUUCUCCGAGGGACCAGAGAAGAUCCCAGGUGCUGUCAGGUGGCAAAACGGGGCAGAUGUUAUUGUGGACUACAACACAGCAGAUCCUCUUAUCCGCUGGGACUCCUACCAGAACAUCUGUGAUGGUGAAGCCCCGCGCUCUCAAGGCCUAACCCGGGACGGAGCGGCGAACAAGAGGAGCCCCGGCGGAGGAGAGGCGACGCUGGGCAGAGGGGCCCGCACCACCUCCGCCACCUCCAGCCCCGACCACAGCGACAACGCCCUCUCCGUCAGCAGUGACUCGGGCCUGUCCAGCACUUCUCUGUGGGCGGACCGACCCGCGCCAGGCCCCGCCCCCGCCCCUACACCUACCCUUACCCCUGCCACUAACACCACCAGCAACACCCUCAGGCACAACCUGGGCCCCAGCCAGCAGGAGAAGGUCCAGCUGAAGCGCCUUUUGAGUGGCUUCGGCCUCGAGGAACCCCCAGUGGGGGAGAUGGGUGAUCGAGUGCCCAGGCUGGUCAGCCAGCAGAUAGUCCCGCCACAUCAAGCGCACCUCAACAGAGACCCUAGACCCCGAGAGAGGGAAACGGACAUCCUGGACGACGAGGUCAUCGCAGGUCACGAUCUGCAGAGCGUGGACAGCUUGGGGACCUUGUCGUCCUCGUGCCACAAGAGCAGCCAGAACUCCCUGCUGUCAGAUGGCUUCGGGAGUCCCGGGGCAGAGGAGCAGCACCAGAGCCAGCAUCAGCACCACCACAGCCACCCGGCGCCCCCACUCGCGGAGGAGUACGACAGGGCCUACGCCGAGGCCAGAAGGGGCUGCUUGGGCUCCAGGAGCAACUCCGUGGCCACGGCGAAUCCCGGCAGCGCCCCGGCGGCCAAGCAGCACGUCUACAGGCAGGGCAGCUACUCCACGCAGUCCUGGGUGCGCCAGCAGCAGAUGGUCGCCGCGCAGCAGUUCAUCUACACGCCCGACGGCGGGAACGACGUGGAGAGGUACCCGGGGAACAAGGCAACGAGCACCUCGCCCAACGCCGGCCUGCCUGCUGAGCCGCAGGCCCCCGCAAGGGACGCGGGGGCGCACGCUCAGGGGAGCGCGGCGCCGCACGAGGAGCAGGCGACGGUCAUCAAAAACAACAACAACAACAACAAGCGCGACGAGGAGUUCAAAUCACUGACGAUGGACAUCGACAACUCCAUCGACCAGCUCAACCAGCUGAUCAUGGACCUGGAUCCCACAUUCCUGCCGGUUUCCGGUAACAGCAGAUCCCUCAAGAGGAGCGGCGGGACGCGCGCCAACGGCUCGGCGACCGAGGGCCCGAACGGCAUCGACCUCCGAUUCAGAGACAGUAACGCAGCAACAGCCCUGAAAAACACACAGCAGACCGCUGUCCAGGCCAGUGACGGACGGGUGGUGGGCAUCACGCGGACUCCGAGUUGCCAAAGAAGUGGCGUCCCGGAUCAACCGGGCUUCUGUAACUCAGGGUGGGGUGGCACCGAGGAGUACAGGGACCCGCGGACGUACUCUCAGCACCCCUUGUUGUACAGGGCUGACAGUGCAGAGUACCGGGCCCAGGGCUCAGAGAUGGACAGCGGGGUCGAGGCUGGCAGUGGCAUGACUCCGCCCACUCCCGCCUUCCCCAUCUCUCCGCCAACCCCUUACGUGAAAAGCAUGUCCGAAUUGACUCACCUCAUGCAAACGCCAUCUCCCAGCGUGCAGUCCUAUGGAGGCUACAGAACGGACCACGAACCCCGAGGGUAUGCAGAGAUGAUCGGUUACGUUAGAAGCGACAGUUUACCAGACUCCUCCGUCAACUGCCACAGGACACUUGGUGCCACACACUCGGCCUCUGUUGUUGGGAGCCACCAGUGGACAGACAGUUCAUCGGCGAGCCAGUCCUGGCCAGAGCAUCCCGUCCUGUCCCGCCACUCGUCUCUGAGCAGCUAUCCCUCGAGCAGAGCACCGCCGCAGCACUCCAUGUCCCUGGACUACGGCCACCACUCUCCUCCCCUGCACCACCCGCACAUCCACCCGGCCCCCAACGCCCACAGCUCCCCCCGAAGCAGCCAGCGAAGCUGCACGGCUCGCCACGCCCUCAGCCGCAGUCCGCCGGGGAGCUUUGACGAGCAGGACGGCCCGGGUCUCGGCUACGGCGCCGACGCUCCCGGCCCCGCCUCCAAUCUGAUGGGAAACGGCGGCCCGGGCCGGGACCCUUUGACCUCCGUGGACGGGCGGAUCCAGUCGCAGCUGCCCCACUUGCAGGCCCCGCUCCUGCCCGAGAAGAAGAGGGCGUCCGACGGGGAGCAUUCCCUGGGAACGGCGUCCCCGGCCCCCAGCGGCUUCUCCAGCCCCCACAGCGGGAGCUCCCUGAGCAUUCCCUUCCCCAGCGUGUUGCCGGACCUCUCAGCCCAGACGCCGGGCACCGCCUCACCUCCGCCAGAUGUACCGACAAGCAAGCUGGUCACUGUCAAAUUUGUGCAGGACACAUCUAAAUUCUGGUACAAGCCGGAAAUCUCCAGGGAUCAAGCCAUUUUGGUCCUGAAGGACAAGGAGCCCGGUUGCUUUAUCGUGCGGGACAGCCAUUCCUUCAGGGGGGCUUAUGGGCUGGCAAUGAAGGUGGCAACUCCCCCACCCUCAGUUCUCCAACAAACCAAGAAAGCAGGAGGCGACCUAGCCAAUGAGUUGGUGCGCCACUUCCUCAUUGAGUGUACCCAGAAAGGAGUGAGAUUGAAGGGCUGCCCCAAUGAGCCCUAUUUCGGAAGUUUAACCGCGCUGGUCUGCCAACAUUCAAUCACCCCCUUGGCCCUGCCCUGCAAACUUAUCAUACCUGACGGAGAUCCUCUUGAAGACGUUGUGGAGACCACCUCACAGCUGAUCACCAACUCUGCGGCCGAGUUGCUAAAACAAGGCGCAGCGUGUAACGUGUGGUACCUGGGCUCCAUGGAGAUGGAGUCGCUGACGGGCGUCCAGGCGGUGCAGAAAGCCGCCAGCAUGUCCCUGAGCUCCGACCCUCCACCGACCUCCACGGUGGUUCACUUCAAGGUGUCCUCCCAGGGGAUCACCCUCACUGACAACCAGAGGAAGUUGUUCUUCAGGAGGCAUUACAAUGUCAAUACAGUCAUAUUUUGUGCAUUGGACCCUCAGGAAAGAAAGUGGAAGAGGGAUGGCUGCCCUUCUGCAAAGAUCUUUGGCUUCGUGGCGAGGAAAACUGGCACCUCUACGGACAAUGUGUGUCACCUGUUCGCAGAGCAUGACCCUGAGCAGCCGGCGAGCGCCAUCGUCAACUUUGUCUCCAAGGUGAUGAUUGGCUCGCAGAGGAACAAAUAGGUUUGACUCGGACGGAGCUGAUCCCCUGGGCAAAUGUUUGCUGGAAGUAGAGAAAAAAAAGACAAGUACAAAGGACACAAUGUAAGGAGUGAAGAUGGGGACGUUACCCCUGGAUAUUAACUGGAUAUUGAGAACAUAAUGAUCAUUUACCAGCACCAGAAUAUUUAAUUGCAUCUUUCAAUGGAAAAUGUAAAUAACUUCUCUGCUGUUAUGUUUAAUUCCUGUAAAAUUAACUGUAAAGUAGCAAAGUAAGAAAAAGACAAAACGAUAAUAUUGAAACCUAAUGUAUUCAAGCGCUAUAAAUCUUUUUUGACAUAUAUUAAGUACAUGACACAUAAGACAAAGGCUGCUUUUUUUACGGAUACAUUAAGAAACCCAUACAUUGUUAAAUGUUAACUUGUUCUAAUAUUUAACCAAAAAAACAUUCUUUAAGCUAUUAACAUUGUGUAAGUUUAAGCCAAUGUAGAACCACGUCCUGGCUGCCUGUGUCCACCAGGAGGCAGCGCAGCCAAUGUGUAUCAUUUGGAUUUAAGGAGCGGGCUACACUUCCUACAGCAUUGUCAGAAUUCAUCUAUGCAAUUUAAAUGUUUAUUUUUUUAAACUACAGACUUUUGCACAUGCACAGCAUGCAUUUGGGGUGCGCGCUUGUGUGUGUGUGACUGCAUUUGAACGAAACCCUAAUAUAUAUUGAUUUGACAUGAGUUGGUUAAAAACAAAUCGGUACUUUGUGUACGAGACGGUACAAGUGGCCCUCCACUCAAAUUUGGGGGGGUCGGGGGGGGGGGGGGGGUAAUGGCCAUUCACAGCACUGCACUAUCUAAAAGAUAUACUGAUUUUGUACAUUUCAUUUUUUUAAAGGGCAUAGGCUGCUAUAUGGAGAGAAGAAAUACUGCAAUUCUGUUAUUGUUUUAAACGUUUGUUCAAGAAAGAAGCGCGCUCAGUGAUUUCAAUUGCACAGAUACAUAGAUACAUUUAGGAUUUAUAGUGUACCUUGUUAAAUCCGUCAGUGACAUUUACAAUACAACUUCCUCUGGGACCAAGAUAGAACUCUGCUGAGGUUGUUCAUGACCCCACAUUGACAGCUUGUUGGCGUUGAAUAUGCCAUGGUGGCCGUACAAGUGUGUUCUUUUAUUAUUUAGUGUCGUGCUGCCAUUUUAUCUAAAGAGGGACCUACAGCCACAAUACAGCUCUGUUGGUAUUCUUACAUUGAUUAUGUUAUCCUGUUAUCUAUUAUCUGUACCUCAUACUUAUCUCAUACAAUACUGUGCCUCUGUGUAUAACAUGCCACAUGUGAACAGUUUAUUUGUAUAUUGACCGUGGGUUGUUUGUGUGUUCUGUAAAUAAACACAAUGAAACACGUAA